AUGGGCGAUUGGAGUUUCCUGGGGAACAUCUUGGAGGAGGUGAAUGAGCACUCCACAGUUAUCGGCAGAGUCUGGCUUACUGUGCUUUUCAUCUUUCGGAUCCUCAUCCUCGGCACAGCUGCAGAGUUUGUGUGGGGGGACGAGCAGUCUGACUUUGUGUGCAACACCCAGCAGCCUGGCUGUGAGAACGUCUGCUACGACGAGGCCUUCCCCAUCUCCCACAUCCGCCUCUGGGUCCUGCAGAUCAUUUUCGUCUCCACGCCAUCCCUCAUGUACGUGGGACAUGCAGUGCAUUAUGUCCGCAUGGAGGAGAAGCGGAAGGACCGCGAGGCAGAAGAGGUGUCCCAGCAGUCCCGGAGCAAUGGCUGUGAGAGGGGGCCACUGGCCCCAGACCAGGCCAGCAUCAGGAAGAGCAAUAGCAGCAGCAAAGGCACCAAGAAGUUCCGGCUAGAAGGGACUCUGCUGAGGACCUACGUCUGCCACAUCAUCUUCAAGACCCUCUUUGAGGUAGGCUUCAUAGUGGGCCAUUACUUCCUGUAUGGUUUCCGGAUCCUGCCCCUCUAUCGCUGCAGCCGGUGGCCCUGCCCCAACGUGGUAGAUUGCUUUGUGUCCCGGCCCACUGAGAAAACCAUCUUCAUCCUGUUCAUGUUGUCUGUGGCCUUUGUGUCCCUCUUCCUCAAUAUCUUGGAGAUGAGCCACCUGGGUCUGAAAGGAAUCCGGUCUGCCUUCAAGAGGCCUGUAGAGCAGCCAGUGGGAGAGAUUCCUGAGAAAUCUCUCCACUCCAUUGCUGCCUCCUCCAUCCAGAAAGCCAAGGGCUACCAGCUCCUGGAAGAAGAGAAAAUUGUGUCCCACUAUUUCCCUUUAACUGAAGUUGGGAUGGUGCAGACCAGCCCACUUUCUGCCAAACCUUUCAGUCAAUUUGAAGAGAAGACUGGCACAGGACCCCUGGCUGAUAUAUCCAGGAGUUACCAAGAAACACUGCCUUCUUAUGCUCAGGUGGGGGCACAGGAAGUGGAGGGAGAGCAGCAGCCUGUAGAGGAGACAACAGAACCAGAAGUAGAAGAGAAGAAGCCAGAAGCGGAGAAGGUGACUUUGGAAGUGCAGGAGGCCAUCACAGAGCCAGAAGGGGAGAGAGUAGAGACCCCUGGAGUGGGAAAGGAGGGUGAAAAAGAAGAGCUGCAGAUCGAGAAGGUAACUAAGCAAGGGCUGUCAGCUGAGAAGACACCUUCACUCUGUCCAGAGCUGACAGCUGAUGACACCAGGCCCCUGAGCAGGCUCAGCAAAGCCAGCAGCAGGGCCAGGUCAGAUGAUCUAACAAUAUGA